AUGGCAAUUGUUCGCGCAAAUGUAAAAGUAACAAUAUUGAAUGUUAUUUAUUUCGCGGCUGGGAGCUUGUUCCGGGACGUUGAACAGGCUAUCUAUCUAUCUAUCUAUCUAUCUAUCUAUCUAUCUAUCUAUCUAUCUCAUUCUGUUUCUAUCUAUCUGUCUCAUUGUUUCUUUCUUUCUGUCUUUCUUUCUAUCUAUCUAUCUAUCUAUCUAUCUAUCUAUCUAUAUAUAUAUAUAUAUAUAUAUAUAUAUAUAUAUAUAUAUAUAUAUCCCAUUCUGUUCAUAUCUAUCUAUCUAUCUAUCUAUCUAUCUAUCUAUCUAUCUAUCUAUCUAUCUAUCACAAUCUGUUCACAUCUAUCUAUCUAUCUAUCUAUCUAUCUAUCUCAUAAUCUGUUAUAUCUAUCUAUCUAUAUAUCUAUCUAUCUCAUUUUGUUUCUAUCUAUCUGUCUCAUUGUUUCUUUCUUUCUAUCUAUCUAUCUAUCUAUCUAUCUCAUUCUGUUCAUAUCAUCUAUCUAUCUAUCUAUCUAUCUAUCUAUCUAUCUAUCUCAGUCUGUUCAUAUACCGGACGUUCCCCUCCCACCGCUCUUCCGCUCUUUCCAUUUUUCUUCCAAGCCCCAUUACCCUCUCUACCCCAAACGCCAGUGCACCGCCCCCGCCUCGACACUCCACCUGUAUUCUUAUUUGCUUCCAACUAAUUUUAUUUCCUACAGUCGUUUUUGCUGCUGCACCUCCCGCACGCUAAAUUUUUCACCUUCCGUCACCCUCAACUCCGCCAUUCCUCCUCCCACCACCAUGAUUUUGAGUCUCUCCCUCCCUCCCUCUCUCUCCCUCCCUCCCUCUCUCUCUCUCUCUUUAAAACUCUUCUCUCUCUUUUUCUCUUUUUGCUUCGACGUUUGCAUCACUGACCUUACCUCGUUUCCAAACCGACCCCAUUCGGUUGGCUCCCGUCCCCGCCCCAUCUCAUCGCACAAUUUCCGUUCUGACCACUGA